AUGCCUGCCUCACACCCCCGCCAAUCGAGCGUAGACCUCGACUCCCCCGAUCGUCCCUUUGACAACAUCAUCAACUUCCGCGAUGUUGGCCGAACCAUCAACCAGCUAGUAGGCAAGAGGGUGCUCAAAGAGGGCCUCCUCUUCCGGAGCGCACGGCUCGACGAUGCCUCGGAGCGCGACAAACGUCCUACUGCCAUCUUCCUCCUCCCCCUCCUCCUCUUCUUCUCCUUCCUCCUCCUCCUCCUCCUCCUCCCCUCCUCCAACUCCAAUAUCUCCACCAACAACAUCCACCUCAUUGACCUCCCGCAUGUUCAGCGCGCCCUGAUCAGUCUCACCGGCAAAGCCUUCGAGCGGACCCUCCUCUGGCGUCUGGACUGGUGGAAUUUCUUCAAAGUCCUCGCCCUAGCAGCCGUCGGCUACCGCACCGACGCCGUCACCAUCGUCGGCCAACAGGUCAUGUCCCCGCGCGGCCUCAUCGGUCUGGGCAUCGACACCCUCGACAGCAGUUUCGGGGAGAUGCGCGACCUCUUCGAUCUGUUUGCUACCCUUCCCGCUGCUGCCGGGGACUCUGCCUCUGCUGCCACGUACCCCGUCAUCGUGCAUUGCACGCAGGGCAAGGAUCGCACCGGGCUGAUCAUCUUUCUGCUAUUGCUGAUUGUCGGCACGGUGCCUGUCGACGCCAUGACGGCGGAUUAUGUUCGGUCGGAGGGCGAGCUCCUCGUUGAGGCGGAGGAGCGCAUGAAGGAGAUUCGCGUGCUGGGGCUGUCGGAGGAUUACACCAAGUGUCCCGGUGGGUUUACCCGCGAGAUUCAUGCGCAUUUGGAUACCCGGUAUGGUGGCGUGGAGGGCUAUUUGGCGCAGGUGGGCGUGAGUGCUGCAAAGUUGGAGAGGAUUAGGAGCGUUUUGAUGGCUUGAGGG